AUGGACUCGACCUUUGCCGCACGGUUCCGAGCCAAUAUGGUUGGCGAGUGGGCUGCCAAGUACUUCCCCUACGAGGCCUACGCCGCUGAGCUGGCCUCCCUUCCGCACGCUGCUGAGCGCCUUGCGGAGGCAGGGCCUGGGGCUCUGGAAGCAGCGGCUGCCCUGGCCGACUCACCCUGGGGUGUCCCCGGCGUGGAGGCUGGGGAGAGCGGCCGUAUUGACGCUUCGCUGGAUGGGCCUGGUGAUGAGCAUGCUCCGCUGCUCGGCAGUGGUGGCGCCCGAGGGAGGACGUCGCCGCGGGCGCCUGCGCUGCUGCGGAUCGCCGAGGGCUUCCUCAUCAGGGUCCAGGGGGCAGAGGCCCGCGUCGACGAGUUCUACAGUGAAAAGGAAGAACUGUUUCGGACGCGAAUCAUGCGGCUGAACAACUACCUGGCGGCAAACAACCUGACCUACCCGCUGAGCGAGGGUAGCCCGCCGUCGUCGGCGCCGUCGACCCCGCGCGGCGGCAGUGGCGGCCGCGGGUCCAAGAUCGACGUCGCCGCCAUUCGCGACGCGCUGGAGGAGCUCUACCGCGGACUCCUUCUGCUCCGCAACUAUGCGGCGCUCAACUUUACGGCAGUUCACGAGGUCCGCAAGGGUCUCGACUCGGUCUGCCGGACCUCCAAGUCGGCGUGGUUCCUCAUCCGCAACGAGGUUGUCAGCCGCCGCGCGUACGCGUCUGCCAAGGACCGGCUUGAGCCGCUGCUCAAUGAGAUCGAGUGCCGCUACGCGGUGCUCUUUACUGAAGGCUCGGUGGCUGCGGCCAAGACUUCGCUGUUUGAGCGGAAGCAGCCACCGCCGCGCACCUUUCUCAACACCUUCAACCUCGGGUUCUUCUCGGGCUUCUCGGUCCCACUGGUGGUCCUCACACUCUCGCUCCUGUUCACCUCGUCCGAGGUCGGCUACGAUCCAGAGGCCGACCUGUACCCGGUCAUUCCGGUCUUCCGUUGCACCGGCAUCCUCAUUCUGGUCUUCUGGCUCUGGGGCGGUAUUGUGGUGAUUUUCGAAAAGUUCCGCAUCAAUCACACCUUUAUCCUGGAGCUCGAUCCGUCGACCGUCCUCGCGCACGACCGCAUCUUCAAGUCGGGCGCGCUGCUCUCGGCGCUGUGGCUCUCGUGCUUCCUCCUCUUUCUCGCUGCCGUUCGUCGCGGCAUCCACGUCUUUCCGGUCCACCACAAGGUGUAUCCGGCCAUUCUUGUCGGCGUACUCACACUCCUCCUCCUCUGUCCGUUCCGGAUGCUCCACCGGCCGACGCGCUGGUGGCUCCUCACCCGCUCGCUGCGCACCAUCUCGGCGCCGUUCUUUGCGGUCACCUUUGCCGACAACCUCAUCGGCGAUUACAUGACGUCGCUGGUCAAGGUCCUGUACGACGCCGAGUACUUGGCGUGCUUCUACCUCUCCGGCGACUGGCUCAACAACGACUUUUCCCAGUGCCAGGAGACCAAUCGCAAGUAUGCCCUCCCUGUCCUCACUGCACUCCCGUUGGUCUGGCGUUUCCUGCAGUGCCUCCGCCGCUACCGCGACAGCGGCGACGCUUGGCCGCACCUCGGCAACGCCGGCAAGUACGCCGUUGCCACCGUCGCCGUCACUCUUGGCGCCUUCCACUCGGAUUGGAAGUCGUACGGCCACGAGUACUCGGCCCCGCGCGUCGCCUGGCUCGCCCUGCUCGUCUUCUCCACCCUCUACGCCUACUCUUGGGACAUCUGCAUGGAUUGGGGCCUGAUGUGGUGGGCAGAUGGAAAAGUUCACGUCCGCAAGCAGUUCCACUACGGCUCCCUUUGGGUCUACGCCCUUGCCGCCGUCCUCAACCUCUUUGGCCGCUUUGUGUGGAUGCUCACCCUCAUCACCGCUCCGGUCCAGUCGGCCAUCAACCACGAGCUUGCCGUCUUUGUCUACGCCCUUGUCGAGGUCAUCCGCCGCUCCGUCUGGGCUCUUCUUCGCAUCGAGCACGAGCACUCGUUCAACGCCUCCAAGUUCCGCGCCGUCCGCGACAUCCCCAUCGCUUUUCACUCCAAUACCACCAUCAAUACCUCGGCCUUUGACAUCGUCGCCAUCUCGCCGCGCCCCACCGACCCGACCGCACCCGUCGACACCGGCGAUAUCGAGCUCGCCGAGCGCUCGCGCUCUGCCUUUGCCGGCGCCUCCCCGCGCCAAAUAUCCGCCCACCACCACCAGCACCCGUCCGCCAAGUCCCGCUCCAACUCGGCCGCCGGCAUCUCGCCUCACACAUCCAACGCCGCGCACACCCUCCACACUGCUCAUCCACAUUGCCCGUAAAACCACACAUACACGCA